UGGAGAGAGGAGAAAGACGCGCCGCGUCUCAUCAAAACAGAAUGGCAGAGGUGGCUUUGAUAGAAAGAUUGGAAAAAGCUGUAAUUAGGCUUGAAUCAUUGUUAUCAGAAUCACAGAGAACUUCUGGAACUAUCAAUGGAGUCAAUGGAGAGCUAGCACCAUAUGUUGAAGCUUUUGACAGACUCAUGAAUGAGAGUGUAGCUGAGUUUAUAAAGAAUAGCAAGAUCCUUGAUGGUGAUAUAAAGAUUCAUGCAGAAAUGGUUCAAGCCGCUUUCCAAGCUCAAAGGGCAUUUCUUUGGUUGACCUCACAUUAUCAAGAACCCCAGGAGAAUGAAGUUGCCAUUCUUCUAAAACCAAUAUCGGAAAAGAUUCAGGAAAUCCAGACGUUCAGAGAGAGAAAUCGUGGAAGCAAUAUGUUUAAUCAUCUGUCUGCUGUCAGCGAAAGUAUUCCAGCUCUUGGAUGGAUAACAAUUUCUGCUAAGCCAGGGCCUUACGUAAAGGAGAUGAACGAUGCUGCUACAUUUUAUACUAAUAGGGUGUUGAAAGACUACAAGCACAGUGAUUUGCGUCACAUUGAUUGGGUGAAAUCAUUCCUUAAUAUUUGGACAGAGCUUCAAGCAUACAUAAAAGAAUAUCACACUACUGGGCUCAUCUGGAGUAAAACUGGUCCAGUAGCGUCAGCAGCAUCGAGUUUCCCUGCUGUAGUGAACAAACAAGGCCUCCCUCCACCGCCACCUCCACCCCCUCCGCCACCAGGACCUCCUCCUGCCAUCGAUAGAGAAAAUGCAAAAGAUGAUGCAACUGCAUCUCGUUCAGCCUUAUUUGAGCAAUUGAACCAGGGAGAAACAAUUACUAAAGGACUUAGACAUGUCUCUGAUGACCAGAAGACCCAUAAAAAUCCCAGUCUGCGUGCUCAAGGAGUACCAAUGCAAUCUCCUACCAAAACCUAUACUUCUGAGUCUCCCAAAAUACCUCCUCAAAAGAGUUACUGUCCUGUGUUAGAACUUGAAGGCAAGAAAUGGAGAGUGGAGUACCAGGAGGACAAGAAUGACCUAUUAAUUUCAGACACUGAACUCAAGCAAGUAGCUUACAUCUUCAAGUGCAAUAAAUCUACAUUACAGAUAAAAGGAAAAGUUAAUUCCAUUAUUGUUGACAACUGUAAAAAGUUUGGCCUUGUAUUUCACAAUGUUGUUGGUAUUGUUGAAGUAAUAAAUUCCAAGGACAUUCAGAUACAGGUGCUUGGGAAAGUGCCAACCAUUUCAGUGAACAAAACUGAAGGCUGCCAUAUAUACCUCAGUGAGGAAUCAUUAGAUUGUGAGAUUGUGAGUGCUAAGUCAUCUGAAAUGAACAUUCUAGUACCACUGAAUGGCGACUAUGUAAGUACUACAUUUUGGUCUGAUACAAAACACAGAAGCAUAGACUGCAUCCUUUAG